GCAAGCAGAUUUCAGCCAGCAGGCAACUGGCUUUCUGCCAAUAAAUAAAAAUCCACAAUCUUCCAAGCUAAGAUGUAAAACAAAUUUGGUGCAACUUUCAUACUGUUAGCAGACUUCUGUUUGAAGACCAUAAUAAAUAUGUUUAAACCUCAUUCAGAUAGCGUUAAUAAUGUCUAAUCUAGAGCAGGGAAACUGAACUUUCCAUUCAGUUACUUUGUAAAAUUCUUUUUGACCAUCCUACCCUAUUGGAUACUACUGGUUGAUUGAGCUUUAACCAAAGAUGGGUCCCUUUCACAAGAUGGCCUAUAUAAAGUGACGAUAACGCCAGCUGGAUUCAUUUGAAAGAAAGACAUCUUGGGAAGAGCAGAUACACAGCUAACAGAAUCAAACAGGGAGAAUGAACACCUGAAUCCUUUGCCUGUUCUUGUCUUUGUAUUCUCGGCCCCUUGGAAGAAAUGGUGAUUGUUGCUCUUUAUCUGCUGAACAUCUUGGUUCAAGCCUUCGCAGCCCCUUGCAAUCCAAAUAAAGCAGACAUCAUUUUGGUGUAUUGCUAUCCUAAAACCAUCAUUACAAAAAUUCCCGAAUGUCCCUAUGGAUGGGAGGUUAAUCAAUUGGCUCUUGGAGGCAUUUGCUACAAUGGCGUUCAUGAUUCGGGAUACUACCAAUUCACGAUUCCAGAUUUAUCGCCCAAAAACAAGUCCUACUGUGGAACUCAAUCAGAGUUUAAAAACCCUAUCUAUCACUUCUACAACUCCAUCAUCUCCAAUGACAGCUCGGUCAUUGUGAAGAGCCAGCCCGUGAAUUACUCAUUCACCUGCACGUACCAUGCAAACUACUUGGUCAACCAGGCUGCCUUCGACCAAAGUCAUACGGCAUUUUCUCAAUUUUCUAGAGUGGCGACAGUCCAUGUGAAGAAUGGGAGCUCCGGUUCAUUUGAAAGUGAAUUAUCCCUCAACUUCUACUCUAAUGCCAAGUUUUCAAGUAAAAAAGAAGCUCCCUUUGUCGUUGAAACCUCAGAAAUUGGUUCAGAUGUAUUUGCUGGAGUGGAAGCCAAGGGGUUAAGUAACAGGUUUAAAGUAGUUCUGAACAACUGCUGGGCAACACCUUCAUCCGAGUAUUUCUACCAAAUCCAGUGGCCACUGAUCACAAAAGGGUGCGCGACGGACAACUCUAUCUUAGUGCAUGAAAAUGGGAAAAACAGCCGGGCCACCUUCCAGUUCAAUGCUUUCCGGUUCCAAAACAUCCCCAAACUGUCCAAAGUCUGGCUGCACUGUGAGACACACGUAUGUGACAGUGAAAAGUUUUCCUGCCCUGUGCCAUGUGAAAAACGAAAACGACGCACCGAACAAACCGGAGGAGUUCUAGCGGCGGAAUUUGCAGUGCACAGCGGAGGUUUAUCCAGUCACUACAACUUCUCAGCUAUUCUCAGUCAUCUAAUCUUCAUGCUUGGAAUCUCUGCUGUUUUACUGUGAGACACAGCCCAGCUGCAGUUCUUAACCUAUUCCUCCUCCCCCCAGCCCAAACACACUUUGUAACUGUACUUUACUACUUAAAACAAUGUUUAUUUUACUCAUGGGGGGGCAGGGAAACUGUAUUGUUUUACAGGAAAAAUAAAUAAAACAUGGCUUGAU